CCGACUCCCUGCCCCGCCCUGCGCCCUUAGUCUCCACCUGGUAAUUCGAGCUGUUCCGGAUUUAACGCCCCACUUCGGGCUCUGGAUAAUGGGAACAAGUCGAGUCUUGUCCGUUCUCUGGGGCAAGUCGGUGGAGAAAUGGUCUGGGUCUGAGCGCCUUGGAAACUGCCAGGACUACUGUUGCACUGAAGCGAAGGAGUCCACGGCUGGGCACGAGUAUGCACUUUCCCUGCCAAUCUUUGGGGCCCUGGAUGGCGCCUUUUAAUCGGGGACUAUUUAGAACUGUUCCUGAAAUCCUUGGUGUAAUAUGUUGUUGCCUGCUUUUGGCUUGUGGCAACAGCAGCCGACCAGAGCCAGAAUUCUGAGGUUUAUCUUCUGUCCGUGGAAGCCUUCUACCAUUCCAAGAGUAUUAAGUUGUUAUUUGCACUGUAGUUGGAACCGUCGACCUGCUUCGGAUCCAGAUUCUGAGGCAAUGCUUCCUGUUACUCUUUUUAUACGAAUUUUGUUCGAUGGCAGUAAAUCAGUUGAAAACCAAAAAGCUAGGUCAUUCCCAGGAGUAAAGCAGCAUUUUACAUAUCCUCUAUAGUAGGUGCAUUACUUAAGGUAUAGUAGGUCUGGAACAAACUUUACAACGAACUGUUGGUCAGAGUGGUGGUUAUACGGAUUAAUUGCUUUGACUCUGCAAUCUGACAAACUGACUUAAGCUUCUGCACAGAAAUUGCUUUGUUCCCGCCCCGCCUCCCGUGUAUAUUAUUGUGAUUAUAUGGAAUGAUAGAUGGGAGGGGGAAGAAAUGCCUUGGUAUUUCUGAGCUGUCUAUUAUGGAUAGUUUUUCCUCAGUUCUGUGGUGUUCUUGGUCACACAUUUAUGGAGUUUCUGAAGGGCAGUGGAGAUUACUGCCAGGCACAGCACGACCUCUAUGCAGACAAGUGAACUGUAGAAAUUCAUUACUACUCCACCAAGAAGCCCCCGUAAGAGUGGUUAACCUGGACACAGAAGUGUUGAAUUGAAAUCCACAGAGCAUUUUACAAGAGUUCUGACCUGGAUGGGGUAAACCUCAGUGCACUUCCUUUCUAUUGCCUCAGUAUUACUGGAUUGAAGAAUUGCUGCUUCUUGUUAGGAGGUUCAUUUCAUUUCUCAUUACUCCCAACUUCAUACUCAAAGCACUGAGAAUUUCAAGUGGAGUAUAUUGAAGUAGACUCAGUUUCUUUGCAUCAUUUCUGUAUUCAAUUUUUAAAAUUCUUUCAUAACCCUAUUGAGUGUUUUUUAACCAAAUUAACAUGGCUCGAAUGAACCGCCCAGCUCCUGUGGAAGUCACAUACAAGAACAUGAGAUUUCUUAUUACACACAAUCCAACCAAUGCGACCUUAAACAAAUUUAUAGAGGAACUUAAGAAGUAUGGAGUUACAACAAUAGUAAGAGUAUGUGAAGCAACUUAUGACACUACUCUUGUGGAGAAAGAAGGCAUCCAUGUUCUCGAUUGGCCUUUUGAUGAUGGUGCACCACCAUCCAACCAGAUUGUUGAUGACUGGUUAAGUCUUGUAAAAAUUAAGUUUCGUGAAGAACCUGGUUGUUGUAUUGCUGUUCAUUGUGUUGCAGGCCUUGGGAGAGCCCCAGUGCUUGUUGCCCUAGCAUUAAUUGAAGGUGGAAUGAAAUAUGAAGAUGCAGUACAGUUCAUAAGACAAAAGCGGCGUGGAGCUUUUAACAGCAAGCAACUUCUGUAUUUGGAGAAGUAUCGUCCUAAAAUGCGGCUGCGCUUCAAAGACUCCAAUGGUCAUAGAAACAACUGUUGCAUUCAAUAAAACUGGGGUGCCUGAUGUAAUUGCCUUGGAAGUGGAACUUGAAACAGGACCUAAUUUGUCAUACAUACUAGCCAACAUGUUGGCUUGGUGAUUGAGUCUAAUGAAGCUUCCAUAGGAGUAUUGGAAAGCUGUUUUAUCAGGCCACAAGUUUGACAGAAUUGCAACCUCUAUGUUUGGGUUACGAUCAACCUGUUUGGACACUUAGCAAAACAUUUUUGCUUUACAGCAUUUAAAAUGUGCUUAUCACUUGUACCAAUUGACCUUUCCUGAAAUCAUGGAGUAUUGAGUUAUGUCUUUAAAUCUAUUCCCACGCCAGAAUCUUAUCAAUAUAUAAGAAAUUUAGAAAGAUUAGGUGCCAAAAUACCCAGCACAAUACUUGUAUAUUUUUAGUAUCAUACUGAACUAAAAUCCCAGGAACUAUGAACACUCUGGACCUUAUGUGGUUUAUUCCUGCAGUCAUUUCAAACAUAGAAAUUAGGGCCUAUAUGGUUAUUUGCCUGCUCACUUUAUGUUUACAUCUCCCACAUUCAUACCAGUAUACAUCAGGUUUGCUCAACUUUUUUUUUUUUUAAACCAAGUUUUACAAUGAUUAUUUCAUGUCUUUCUACAAAUUUCAUUUUGUGCUGUUAUAGAAGACCUCCAUUUUGAAAAUCUACGUUGUACAGAAGCACAUGUCUUUAAUGUCUCCAGACAAAAAAGCCUUACAGUUAAUUUUAAUGUUUGCACUUUGGGGUGCAACUUACAGGGAGGGCCUGAAAAAAGAACGGGAGGGGGCUAUUAAGUAUUUUUAGUAAAAUGUUGCCUUUGUCUUGUGCAGAACAUGUAGAAUAUGCUCUUUAAUUUAGUAAAUAUUUUUUUAAAAGGUAGAGAUGCUUUGUUAUUGUAGCUAAAACAAUUCUUAAUCAUAAAAUUUCUGAAAUUCUUGUAAUUUUUUUUCUUACUUAUCUGAAGUUGUUUACCAACUUAUUUUUGUUUGAAGUGUGAUUUUUUUUUCUUCUCUUCCCAACCUCUCUUGCAAAAAAAAAAAAAAAAAGUGGGUUUCUGCUAAUGAAUUGAGCAGACAUCUAAUAUUUUAUAUGCCUUUUGAGCUGUGUAACUUAAUAUUUGGAUACUUGAUAAUUUGUUUUAUUAUGUAAUUGAUAAAAUGGUGAUGUGUAUUAAUGUUAGUUCAACCAUAUAUUUAUACUGUCUGGGAAUGUGUGGUUAUAGUUCUGUGGGAGAAAUAAUUUGUCAGUGUUCACCAGCUUGUAAAAAUCUAGUGCGAGAGCUUAAACAUCUAAAUAAAUAAUGAAAUGCAUUUAUCAUCA